AUGGCGGAUCGGACAGCUCCCAGCUGCCAGCUCCGGCUGGAGUGGGUGUACGGGUACCGGGGUCACCAGUGCCGCAACAACCUGUACUACACCGCCGGCAAGGAGGUGGUCUACUUUGUGGCUGGGGUCGGGGUGGUUUACAACACCCGCGAGCACAGCCAAAAAUUCUUCCUGGGACACAACGACGACAUUAUCAGCCUUGCCUUACAUCCAGAUAAAACUCUCGUUGCGACUGGCCAAGUUGGGAAGGAGCCAUAUAUAUGUAUAUGGGAUUCCUAUAAUGUCCAAACUGUGUCUAUUCUUAAAGAUGUCCACACACAUGGAGUCGCCUGCCUGACUUUUGACUCAGAUGGACAGCGUUUAGCCUCUGUGGGAUUGGAUGCCAAAAACACAGUCUGCAUUUGGGACUGGAGAAAGGGAAAACUUCUGGCCUCAGCCACUGGCCACUCUGACCGGAUUUUUGAUAUUUCCUGGGAUCCAUAUCAGCCAAACAGAGUGGUUAGCUGUGGAGUGAAACAUAUAAAGUUUUGGACGCUCUGUGGAAAUGCCCUUACUGCAAAAAGAGGAAUAUUUGGCAAAACUGGGGAUCUUCAGACCAUCCUUUGCCUUGCGUGUGCCAAAGAAGACAUCACCUACUCUGGUGCUUUAAACGGCGACAUCUAUGUCUGGAAAGGGCUCAAUUUAGUCCGCACCAUUCAAGGAGCGCAUAGUGCUGGAAUCUUCAGCAUGUAUGCUUGUGAAGAAGGCUUUGCUACUGGUGGACGAGAUGGGUGUAUACGAUUAUGGGAUACUGAUUUCAAACCAAUAACCAAAAUUGAUCUCAGGGAGACAGAACAAGGAUAUAAAGGCCUCUCUAUCCGGAGUGUAUGCUGGAAAGCAGACCGCCUCCUAGCAGGGACCCAGGACAGUGAGAUAUUUGAAGUAAUCGUGCGAGAACGGGACAAACCAAUGCUGAUCCUGCAGGGUCACUGUGAGGGGGAGCUCUGGGCUCUGGCCCUGCACCCCAAGAAGCCACUGGCCGUGACGGGCAGUGACGACCGCUCCGUCAGGCUGUGGAGCCUGGCUGACCAUGCCUUGAUUGCCCGCUGUAACAUGGAGGAAGCAGUUCGCAGUGUUGCUUUCAGCCCUGAUGGAUCUCAAUUGGCCCUGGGCAUGAAGGACGGAUCUUUCAUUGUUCUCCGAGUCAGGGAUAUGACAGAAGUGGUUCAUAUCAAAGAUCGAAAAGAAGUCAUUCACGAAAUGAAAUUUUCUCCAGAUGGUUCUUAUCUGGCAGUGGGAUCCAAUGAUGGCCUGGUAGAUGUCUACGCUGUCGCCCAGAGGUAUAAGAAAAUUGGAGAAUGCAACAAGUCUGUCAGUUUCAUCACACACAUUGACUGGUCUUUGGAUAGUAAAUACUUGCAAACUAAUGAUGGUGCUGGAGAACGGCUAUUCUACAAAAUGCCAUCUGGGAAGUCUUUAACGAGUAAAGAAGAAAUCAAAGGGAUUCCCUGGGCCUCCUGGACAUGUGUGAAAGGCCCAGAAGUGAGUGGAAUUUGGCCAAAAUACACUGAUGUCACUGACAUCAACUCAGUGGAUGCAAAUUACAACAGUUCAGUGUUGGUGUCUGGAGAUGAUUUUGGACUGGUUAAAUUGUUUAAAUUUCCUUGUCUCAAAAAAGGAGCCAAAUUUAGAAAGUAUGUGGGCCAUUCUGCACAUGUCACAAACGUCCGCUGGUCACAUGACUUUCAGUGGGUAUUAAGCACAGGAGGGGCUGACCACUCGGUUUUCCAGUGGAGAUUUAUUCCAGAAGGUGUCAGCAAUGGCCUGCUGGAAACCGCACCCCAGGACGGUGGCACUGAUUCCUACAGUGAAGAAUCUGAUUCAGAUUUAUCUGAUGUGCCGGAGUUGGACUCUGAUAUUGAACAAGAAACUCAAAUCAAUUAUGAUCGUCAGGUUUACAAAGAAGAUCUACCUCAGCUAAAGCAACAAAGUAAAGAGAAAAACCAUGCAGUACCCUUCCUCAAACGAGAAAAGGCUCCUGAGGACAGCCUGAAACUCCAGUUCAUACAUGGUUACAGAGGCUACGAUUGUAGAAACAAUCUGUUCUACACACAAGCUGGAGAAGUGGUCUAUCACAUUGCUGCAGUUGCUGUCGUGUACAAUAGGCAGCAACACUCGCAGAGACUGUACCUGGGACACGACGAUGACAUUCUCAGCCUGACCAUUCAUCCAGUGAAGGACUACGUGGCCACUGGGCAGGUUGGAAGAGAUGCAGCUAUUCAUGUCUGGGACACGCAGACUCUAAAAUGUUUGUCACUGUUGAAAGGACAGCAUCAGAGAGGAGUGUGUGCCCUUGAUUUCUCAGCUGAUGGAAAAUGUCUGGUGUCGGUUGGUUUAGACGAUUUUCACUGUAUUGUGUUUUGGGACUGGAAAAAGGGAGAAAAGAUAGCUACCACCAGAGGACAUAAAGAUAAGAUAUUUGUGGUCAAGUGUAAUCCACACCAUGUUGACAAGCUGGUAACAGUUGGGAUCAAGCACAUCAGAUUCUGGCAACAAGCAGGUGGGGGCUUCACCUCUAAGAGAGGAAUUUUUGGAAGUGUUGGAAAAUUGGAAACAAUGAUGUGUGUUUCUUAUGGGCGAAUGGAAGAUCUGGUGUUCUCUGGAGCAGCUACUGGAGAUAUUUUUAUUUGGAAAGAUAUUCUUCUACUGAAGACAGUGAAAGCUCAUGACGGGCCUGUGUUUGCUAUGUAUGCAUUGGAUAAGGGUUUUGUAACAGGUGGAAAGGAUGGAAUUGUGGAGCUCUGGGAUGAUAUGUUUGAAAGAUGCUUGAAGACUUACGCCAUUAAAAGAGCAGCCUUGUCAACUAGCUCAAAAGGCUUGCUUUUGGAAGAUAAUCCUUCAAUCCGUGCCAUCACUUUGGGACAUGGACAUAUCCUGGUGGGAACAAAAAAUGGAGAGAUCCUGGAAAUUGAUAAAAGCGGCCCAAUGACACUGCUUGUUCAGGGGCACAUGGAAGGAGAAGUGUGGGGCCUGGCAGCUCACCCGCUCCUGCCCAUCUGCGCAACAGUGAGCGAUGAUAAAACCCUCCGGAUUUGGGAGUUAUCCUCCCAACACCGUAUGCUGGCAGUGAGGAAACUCAAAAAAGGUGGAAGAUGCUGUGCCUUCUCCCCAGAUGGGAAAGCCUUAGCAGUCGGCUUGAAUGAUGGAAGUUUCCUGGUUGUAAAUGCUGACACUGUAGAAGACAUGGUCUCCUUCCAUCACAGAAAAGAAAUGAUCUCUGAUAUUAAAUUUUCAAAAGAUACAGGAAAAUACCUUGCCGUGGCAUCCCAUGAUAACUUUGUGGAUAUUUACAACGUCCUGACAAGCAAAAGGGUUGGCAUCUGUAAAGGUGCUUCUAGUUAUAUUACACACAUUGACUGGGACUCUAGAGGAAAAUUACUGCAGGUUAAUUCAGGUGCCAAAGAACAACUCUUCUUUGAAGCUCCAAGAGGCAAACGGCAUAUAAUAAGACCUUCCGAGAUUGAGAAGAUAGAAUGGGACACGUGGACCUGUGUGCUGGGGCCCACCUGUGAGGGCAUCUGGCCAGUGCAUAGCGACGUGACUGAUGUAAAUGCUGCCAGCCUCACCAAAGACUGUUCCCUCUUAGCCACAGGAGAUGACUUUGGUUUCAUUAAACUUUUCUCAUAUCCUGUCAAGGGCCAGCAUGCGAGGUUUAAGAAGUACGUGGGGCACAGCGCCCACGUCACCAACGUGAGGUGGCUGCACAACGACUCUGUGCUGCUCACCGUGGGCGGCGCUGACACGGCCCUGAUGAUCUGGACGCGGGAGUUUGUGGGGACCCAGGAGAGCAAGUUGGUGGACAGUGAGGAGUCAGACACCGAUGCAGAGGAGGAUGGAGGCUAUGACAGUGACGUCGCUAGAGAAAAGGCUAUUGAUUACACCACCAAGAUCUAUGCUGUGAGCAUCAGGGAAAUGGAAGGCACCAAACCACACCAGCAAAUGAAAGAAGUUUCGGUGGAAGAAAGACCACCCGUUAGCAGAGCGGCUCCCCAGCCCGAAAAGCUCCAGAAGAACAACAUCACCAAAAAAAAGAAACUGGUUGAGGAGCUGGCUCUCGACCACGUGUUUGGCUACAGAGGCUUUGACUGUCGCAAUAACCUGCAUUACCUGAAUGACGGUGCCGACAUCAUCUUCCACACAGCCGCGGCCGGCAUCGUUCAGAACCUCUCCACAGGGAGCCAGAGCUUCUACCUGGAGCACACGGACGACAUCCUCUGCCUGACAGUGAACCAGCACCCCAAGUACAGGAAUGUGGUGGCCACCAGCCAGAUAGGGACGACACCUUCCAUCCACGUGUGGGACGCCAUGACCAAGCACACCGUGUCCAUGCUGCGGUGCUUCCACUCGAAGGGCGUGAACUACAUCAACUUCAGCGCCACCGGGAAGCUGCUGGUGUCGGUGGGCGUGGACCCCGAGCACACCAUCACCGUCUGGCGCUGGCAGGAAGGUGCCAAGGUUGCCAGCCGAGGGGGCCACCUGGAGCGCAUAUUCGUGGUGGAAUUUCGCCCUGACUCAGACACACAGUUUGUGUCGGUUGGGGUCAAACACAUGAAGUUCUGGACCCUGGCAGGCAGCGCCCUGCUUUACAAGAAAGGGGUCAUUGGGUCUAUGGAGGCUGCCAAGAUGCAGACGAUGUUGUCCGUGGCCUUCGGUGCUAACAACCUCACUUUCACGGGUGCCAUCAACGGCGAUGUCUACGUGUGGAAGGACCACUUCCUCGUCCGGCUGGUGGCCAAGGCUCACACAGGCCCCGUCUUCACCAUGUACACGACCCUUCGGGAUGGGCUCAUCGUGACCGGCGGGAAAGAGCGGCCGACCAAAGAAGGAGGUGCUGUGAAACUGUGGGACCAGGAGAUGAAGCGCUGCCGGGCCUUCCAGCUGGAGACGGGGCAGCUGGUGGAGUGCGUGCGCUCCGUGUGCCGCGGCAAAGGAAAAAUUUUAGUGGGAACUAAGGAUGGAGAAAUCAUUGAAGUUGGUGAAAAAAACGCUGCUUCCAACAUCUUGAUUGAUGGACACAUGGAAGGGGAGAUCUGGGGCCUGGCCACACACCCAUCCAAGGACAUCUUCAUCUCCGCCAGCAAUGACGGCACAGCCCGCAUCUGGGACCUGGCUGACAAGAAGCUGCUAAACAAGGUGAGCCUGGGCCACGCGGCCCGGUGUGCGGCCUACAGCCCGGACGGGGAGAUGGUGGCCAUUGGCAUGAAGAAUGGAGAGUUUGUUGUCUUGUUGGUGAACAGCCUGAAAGUUUGGGGGAAGAAAAGAGACCGGAAAUCUGCUAUCCAAGAUAUCAGAAUCAGCCCAGACAGCAGAUUCUUAGCAGUUGGUUCUUCUGAACACACAGUUGACUUCUAUGACCUCACUCAGGGCACAAGUUUGAACCGCAUCGGCUACUGCAAAGAUAUCCCCAGCUUCGUCAUUCAGAUGGAUUUUUCUGCAGAUGGCAAGUAUAUCCAGGUUUCCACAGGAGCCUACAAGCGCCAGGUACAUGAAGUUCCCCUGGGGAAGCAGGUCACCGAAGCUGUGGUCAUUGAGAAGAUCACCUGGGCCUCCUGGACAAGCAUUCUGGGAGACGAAGUCAUUGGCAUCUGGCCGCGAAAUGCAGACAAGGCUGAUGUCAACUGUGCCUGUGUGACCCAUGCAGGCCUGAACAUCGCCACGGGAGACGACUUUGGGCUGGUGAAGCUCUUUGAUUUUCCGUGCACAGAGAAAUUUGCCAAACAUAAGCGUUACUUCGGUCACUCAGCUCAUGUGACGAACAUCCGUUUCUCUCAUGACGACAAGUAUGUAGUCAGCACUGGAGGAGACGACUGCAGUGUAUUUGUGUGGCGAUGCCUGUAAAUGCCAGAAUCUGCUUUCCUGCUGCCGCCACGGCUGGCAACCACAGAGGCCGUGAUGAGGUACCUCCUGGCUGCCAGGUGCUGGGAAAGGUCUACACCGCAAGCUACAUGAGCUCCAAGUGCUGGUGAGAUGUGACUGCUUCCAUCACCUGGAGCUUCCAAAACUGGGAUGUCAAGAAGGAAGGUCAGUGCUGACGUGUUAAGACUGCUUGCCUCUCUUCCUGAGACUACAAACUACACGUACUCACUACACUGACAAAGAAAUCCUAUCUGAUAAUGUAGCCCACUGACAAAAUUUAAAGCCUCAGUUACCCUAACCAAUAUGUAGCUUUUAAUUUGCAUCAAAACUUUUACAAAAGAUGUUUUGCUAUUAUGUUUCUAUAUACUUUAAAAAUGUUCAUUUUUACAAAUAAGGAAGUUGAACAGGACAGCUUAAGUUAGUUUCACUGAAAUACUAGAAAUACUGAUAGCCUCUGUUCUCCACAUUUAGCUUUCGAAACCAAAUGAGCCAUGUAUAAACAAGUUGAGAAACUUAAUUUUUUUAAUGUUUCAUUUGCAGAGUUUUAUAUCCAUUAAGUGCCUUUGAAAGCUUCCAGUUGUGUGGGCUGCUAAUCUCACCUCCCACAAAUUAUCUCCUUUCUACAUAUGGUGCUAAAACUUCAAAACUGAGGAGGGCUACAGGAUCCUAGCAGAUUCCUGGUCACCCAUGUCAUGUGUUUAGGUCAAGGCUUCCCAAAGGAAAGACAUUAGUUAUGUGCUUGGGAAACAGUGGCUAUUUGAAGUUGAGCAGCAAAGAAACUUAAGUUCAGGUGUUGGAAGAUGGGUGGGUAGAGUAGGUUUCAUUAUACUGAGUGCCAAACCCACAACAUCCAAAACAUUUCAAAUAAAACAAACCUCUACUACAAAAUAGAAGGGAAAACAAAAAAGCGCAAGUAGGUCCAGGAAGAUGAGCUGAUUUUUCCUACUGAACCUAAAACGGUAACAGAGGAGGUGCCCGGAGGCUGCGCUGGGAGGGCCACUCCCAGAGUGGGGUGGACUUGACUCCAGUGAUGUGCUUCAGGUGAACCACACAGGUCAGGUCUGGAUUCAGAAAAUCUCUGCAGAACAAAUUCCUAAGCCCAAAGCAGUAUUUGAUAACUCAAGAUUAUAGAACAAAAUAAUCUAGCUCAGAGUUUGGCUGGAUGACAGAAAGUGACUUGGCCAACAAAAUCAGAAGCACCCUGGACCACCUCCCAUCAUACUUGACACUUGCUAACCACUGACAAAAGAGGGGCUGAUGAUGGCACGUACUGGGAAGGCAGGUUGGUGACAGACUGGGACUCUGAGCACAUAGAUUAUACCAAUUAGACCUUCUAGUCUGAACUAAAAUUCUGGAUCUUGAGUUACUGGCUAUUUUCAAUUGUCAGUUUAGAGGAAUGGUGAAAUGAAGCAUUUUCAAUUAAAUAGAUUAACAUUUACCACAGAAGUGCUUCAACAUUCUAAAUGGAUUAGAUCACUCAUUAAGCUAUUUUUAUACGCCAAUUUAUUAAUGCCUUACAUUAAUCCACUGAUAGGUUGUUGGGCCCACAGUUAGAGUCCCCAUGCAGCCCUAAUUCUGUUUUCUGUAUCCAUGUGACUGGUGACGCUGAGUGAUAACCAUGUCUGCCUAUAUUGUACACUGACCUUUCAUACUGAUUGAAUCUUGCAUUGAAAUAACUAUGUGAAGAACAAGUUCAUCAAUGAUGAUAUAUGUACACACUAUAUUUAAAGAGCAAUAGUGUCUGUGUCAAGAAAAGUUCUUAAAUCUGAUUUGUAAACAUUUAUAUGGUUUGAUUUUAUGUAUGUUCAUAAAUCCUGCACUGUAUUCCAUAUGUUAAAAUAUUGGUGCAUGAAUUUAUUUUCAAUUAAAGUAUAAAAACACAUAAUUUAAAAACAUUUUGGUAUCUGUCAAAUAGAUUUAUGUAGAUGUGUUCUUGUUUUCAAAGUAAACAUGGCUACACUGAGCUUAAAGCCUUUCUGGAAGUCACACACUGGUGGAGGCGAAGUCUACCCUUUGUGUCUGAUACCUUCGUUCUACAGCAGGUUCAUGAAACCAAAAUACGAAACAGCGUUUAAGUCUAUAAGCUUUAUUGAUACUUUGCUUUUACAGUUCACAAUGCAUUCCACAGAUUUAGUUCAAUACAGCUUAAACCACAAUUGUAUAAAUCGUCAUUUAUAAUUUCUUACAUAACAAUGUUUGAUAUUUGCAAACAUUUUUGGAAGCAUUAGAUUCAGUCCAGAGUCUGUGAUAAAAUUAACU